AUGGCCAUGAUGCCGAGGAGCAGCAGUCCCGUCAGCGUGUACGUGGAGCUGCCGUGUCUAGUGGAGCAAGCGUUGUCCACCAUUGCGUGGAAUGAUUUUGAAGACAGCGCGUCCGGAGAGAUGCAGGACAUCAGCUCCAUCACUUAUUGUCGAGUGGAGAGUGCUCUGGUGCCGUUCCAGUGCGGGAUCCCAACUCUCACACCUCAGCCCGAGUUCUUCCCUGUCCACAGCGGUCUCUCUCACCACGACAACAGACUCCCGAACCAGGACCAGGACCAAGACCAGGACCAGGAUCAGGACCAGGACCAGGAAAUCUGGGAAGAAAUACCACAAUAUCAUGGAUGUGUCUUGGGCUACUCUGCAGAGAACCACCAGCUCCAGGAGAGACUCGAGCACAAAAACAGAGAGAUGGACGUUCAUACAGAAAGAAACUGUCGCCUGAAGCAGCUGGCGAGUCGGGCCAAACAGCUGGCCACGCUGCUGGAAAAGCUGACGACCACGAGGGAGGCCAGUCCUGGAGGAUCUUCCCCGCACACGGAGCUCCAAAGUCCCCCCAAACGCCAGCGCCUGGACGAGGGCUACGAGACCGAGCCGGACUCCGUGGAAGACCUGCUCCGGGACCUCAGCUCGCGAUGCAACGCCGUCCUCCACAGCGCCGCCGGCGUAAAACCCGUCCGGACGUUUGGCUCCUUCUCCGGGCUGCGCACCUGCUUCUCGGACAGCGGCAGAGAGCAGAGCGGCACGGAGGGACCGGAGCGGCCAGAGGCAGAGUCGGGCUUCUCCCUCAGGGCAUCGGUCCAGGAACACAGCACCAUCCGGACGCUGGCCUUCCCACACGGACACGCCUUCACCACACGGACUCUGCGCGGCGGAUACGGAUUCCGAUGGGUGCCCAACUGA